CCAUUCUAGUCUUCUCUCCAAAUUCCCAUUGGUAGUACAUUGUGCGCCGAACCGUCAAUGUCGAGUCCCGCCACGUCAGAAACAAGAUGGAGAACGCCCGGGCUAAGUUGACCGUGGGGAAUCGGAUCUUCGACGAGAUUGGCGUGGGCAACUUCGUGGUACAGCGAAGGCUAGAUCGGUUUCCAUCCGCAGAGCCUCAGAAUCCUCCUCCUCGUUUAGCGCGCUGGCGAUCGAACCUUUCGGCCCUAUCACAGCAAUACAAUCUUUACUUCGCAGCCUCCACAGACAAGAUACACAUCACCGUUCCUCGAGACCUCAGACAAACCCUUCCCGGAAGGCCCGAUCUUACACUAGACCUCCCCCGAACACCGGCAGGAAUCAAGCUCGGUGGCUACAUCGACGAGGCAAUACCACAUUGUAUCAAUCAUAUCAAAGUUGGGAAUCUUGGUUCACUCGAAGUUCUCUUGAUUGCGUGCGAUGAUGGAGACGUGUUGGCUUAUUAUACACAUCUCUUCCCAGAAGAAAUCUGUCGCCAAAGCCCACAGGUUCAAGCAUCGAUCAGUAGUGUUGAGCCGUUCUUCCAUGAGAAUGUUGGGAGCAGUGCAUGGGGCCUUGCGUUACACGAACAAUCACGCCUGAUAGCAGUCAGCUGUAACCUUCGAGCAGUCACGAUUUUUGCUCAUGGAUACACUGUUUUUCCAGAUGCUGGAGAUGAGGAGUCAUCGAUGUUCCAUGAGGGUAGGAUCCGCUGCAUAGAAGUGCAGGCUUGUAUUAGUUCGGGAGACAAGAAGUUCACGCAACUCGUCGGUGGUGAUAUCGCUGGGCAUCGUCAUUACAACUAUCAAAUGACGUUAGCAUUAGGCGAGCAAGGCCACAACAUCCCUUCCGUGGACUUCGCCAGCGGCCCAGGUGGAAAUGCCAGUCACGUUCUUGCAUCGGAUAUUAAUGGAAAUUUGUGGAUUUUCGACCUGGCAACUGGAGAAAAGCAAUGCAAGCCUCGAGUGCACACUUCUCUGGACAGGGAAAACGUGAUGGGCUGGGGAGUCCUAUGCCUACCACUACAAUAUUUCAAAGUAGCCAAAAUUCCUCAGGAAGCACUUGGCCUGCCUUAUCUUCACAGUUGCUUCAAAACAACACCACUCAGGGAUCCACAAUGCUUCAACAUCACAUGCACUCUACAAGAUGUAAGAGAGCAUUCUCAAUGGCAUCCGAUCUUCGGCUAUGGAAUUGCUGGCGCAUCCACAACCCCCGAGGACGACCGCCAUCUCCGCCAUCUCGACAUGCCAUGGCUAAAACUCGACGAUCCAGAAAAGUAUAUAGAACCCGAUGUGCUUCCGGAAGUGGUAUCGGACUUGGCAACGAAAGUCAGACAUGCGCCCGCCAAUAUAGUCAGUGUACCCGCCGAGAUUAGUACAUUGCAAUUCCUUCUAAGCCUCCCACCUGCGAAACGACCAUAUUCGUGGCAGGAGAUCAAGCAACAAGAAGCGGGGUCCUAUGGGGAUAUCCCUUCUGAUAACAGCAGUCUUGGGAACGCCUCCACGCAAGCACAGGCAGACUCGGACGAAAUCGAGAUCCAGUUGCCAGCGGGGCAUGCAAUUCUUCGUACCUACAACCAAGAUAUCGAACUCCUUACGCCGGAUUAUCCCAACACACUUCGUACAUUCUUCCGGGGGAUCGUCCGGCAACAACUGGGAAAUUUGCGAGACCAGCUCCGGCACUUUGACCGCCUGAACAUGCUUGCUGUCAUACCUGAACUGUCUCUCGUCGUUGCAGCAUCCCAAAUCGGUCGAGCGGCUCUCAUCACAUUAACGAGAUUGGGAGAUGAAUUCCCCAGUGCCGGGCCGGUAGUUAUGUUCCGUCUGGACUUGAUCCUGCCGUUGAAGAUGCAUGAGGAUAAACACAGACCACAUGUUCCGCUUGCGGGAAUGGCAGUUGCGCCAUUGCAGGGGAGUGAGAGAGUGAGGAAGGAAGGGUGGGUAGACAAACGGUGGAGGUUGAUUCUGCAUUACGUUGAUCAGACGAUAUUGAGCUAUGAGCUCUUUAGGAAUGAAGGAGAGGAGUUGAUUGUUCUCUAGGACUUGGGAACAUUGAUUAAGCAUAGCGAGGGCGUUGGAUACCAGAUUGUUUUUCGAGCAACAAGCAUCAUGACUCAGGAUGAGUUCAGCACAUCAUAAUGUACGAGAAACAACGAGCACAAUCCACCCCAACUUACCUUGCUGAAUGCCUGAUCC